UAUCCAACGUACCACCACCCCCUACAGCGGGGCGGGGGGGCGCGGCGUUACGGGGGCGGGGGGCGGGCGGCGCGCCCCCCUGCGCCGGUGGCGGAGUUGCUGCCGCCCAGCGCAUUGUGUAAGACGCGACCUGUUAUGGCCACCACUACUUCCGGGUUCCCGCAGUCUGCUCCAGCCCGGCGCUGCGCUGCGCUCGCCGCGGCGGUGGCGGCGGCGGCGGCGGCGGACGCCCGGCAGCGCGCGGCCCGCGGCGGCAGCAGCGGCGGCGGCGGCGGCGGCAGCGCCGCGCCUCCCUCCCCCCCUCCCUCUCUCCCUCUUUCCCUCCCUCCCUCCUUCCCUCCCCGCUGCCCUUCCUCCCCGCGCCCGCCCCGCACGGCGCGGCGCUCCGCCCGGCACCCGCGCCCGCGCCCGGCCCGCCUCCGCCAGCCUCGCCCGGCGGCCGCGCAGGGGCAGAGCGAGCCGGCGCCGGCGAGGAAUUAGGAGCGAUCCGAGGAGGAGCGAAAAAAAACCCCCCAUCAUCAUCAUCAUCAUAAUAACCAUAAUAAAAGGAGAGCCGGCGCGUUAGCGAGCCUUUUUAAUUUUUAAUUUUUCCCCCUCCUCUUCCUCCUUCUCCUCCUCCCUCGAUUUUUAAUUUUUAUUUUUUUACAAAUUUUUUCUUUUUUUCUUUUUUUUUUUUUUUUUUUUUGGGUGAGCGCGCUCGAAAAUUAACAUUUGAGGUGUCCUGCGCGGUGGGAGCACACGCAGCGGAUCAUCAUCAGUCAUUCACCACCUUGACAACCUCGCCUGUGAUUGACAGCCGGAGUGGCAAAAAGCCAUGAGACUUGGUAGUUGGGUUUGAGGGGCACUUUAAAAAAAAAAAAAAAAGAAAAAAGAAAAAAAGAAAAAAAAAAACUGAUUUGGGGAAAGGAUAUUUGCUUUCGCCCCGCUGCUGUCUUGGAAACGAGAGGGGGAGAGUAAGAGAGAGAGACAGGGAGAGAGGAAAGAAAGAAAGAAAAAGGAAGGAAGGAGGGAGAGUUGAUUUUUUUUUCCUUCUAUUUUUUUUUUCCUCCUUUUUUAAUGCUGAGUUACCGUAUCGCUUCGCUGAGAUCCAGCAAGCCGAAGAUUUUACUCGAUUGCUUCCAUUGCUGGCGACGCUAAGGGAUUUUUGCAUUUUUUUGGGGGGUGAGGGGGGGGAACUUCGCGUUUCUUUCUUUUCACACUGGCCUUAAAGAGGAUAUAUUAGAAGUUGAAGUAGGAAGGGAGCAAGCAGGCCGAUGGCGCAAAGGUACGACGAGCUGCCCCACUACGGCGGCAUGGAGGGGGUGGGCAUCCCCACCACCAUGUACGGGGACCCCCACGGCGCCCGCCCCAUGCAGCCCGUCCACCACCUCAACCACGGGCCGCCGCUCCACUCGCACCAGUACCCGCACGCCGCCCACGCCAACGCCAUGCCCCCCGCCAUGGGCGCCUCCGUCAACGACGCCCUCAAGAGAGAUAAAGAUGCCAUCUACGGACACCCCCUGUUCCCUCUUUUAGCACUGAUUUUUGAGAAAUGUGAAUUAGCUACAUGCACACCCAGGGAGCCCGGGGUAGCGGGAGGCGAUGUUUGCUCCUCUGAGUCUUUCAAUGAAGACAUAGCAGUGUUCGCCAAACAGAUCCGAGCAGAGAAACCCCUCUUUUCCUCUAAUCCUGAACUGGAUAACUUGAUGAUUCAAGCCAUACAAGUAUUAAGGUUUCAUCUGUUGGAAUUAGAGAAGGUACACGAAUUAUGUGACAAUUUCUGCCACCGGUAUAUUAGCUGUUUGAAAGGAAAAAUGCCUAUCGAUUUGGUCAUAGACGAUAGAGAGGGCGGAUCAAAAUCGGACAGUGAAGACAUAACAAGAUCAGCAAAUCUAACAGAUCAGCCCUCCUGGAACAGAGACCACGAUGACACGGCAUCGACGCGCUCCGGGGGAACCCCCGGGCCCUCCAGCGGGGGACACACAUCGCACAGCGGGGACAACAGCAGUGAGCAAGGUGACGGCUUGGACAACAGUGUAGCUUCCCCCAGCACAGGUGAUGAUGAUGAUCCAGAUAAGGACAAAAAGCGACAUAAAAAGCGUGGCAUCUUUCCCAAAGUAGCCACAAAUAUCAUGAGGGCAUGGCUGUUCCAGCAUCUAACACACCCUUACCCUUCAGAAGAACAGAAAAAGCAGUUGGCACAAGACACAGGGCUCACUAUACUUCAAGUGAACAAUUGGUUUAUUAAUGCUAGAAGAAGAAUAGUUCAGCCCAUGAUAGACCAGUCCAAUCGAGCAGUAAGUCAAGGAACACCCUAUAACCCCGACGGGCAGCCGAUGGGAGGUUUCGUGAUGGAUGGCCAGCAGCACAUGGGCAUCCGAGCGCCAGGGCUGCAAAGUAUGCCAGGGGAUUAUGUGUCUCGGGGUAGUCCAAUGGGUAUGAAUAUGGGACAGCCAAGCUAUACCCCACCCCAGAUGCCCCCCCAUCCCGCUCAGCUGCGUCAUGGCCCCCCCAUGCAUAC